AUGAAUAAUGUGUUUGAUGGUGCUGAUGAUGACAUGAAGUUUAUGAGAUAUAUCGAUAGAAUUCUUGCAUUGGAUCACAGAAGUAAUUGGAUUGAUGCAAAUGCAAAGUGUGUAGCAUGCAAUGGAUUGUGUGCAAAGUCAUCUAAUUGUAGUAUACUUUCUGAAGGAAGGAUUGAUAUAGAGAUGGAAUCUGAUCAAUGUAUUAAGCAUACAGAUACUAUUUAUUUAAGUGAUGCCAAGGUUUUGAAGUUUCUUGUAUGUAAGAGGCUUAAUAUGAUACUUGGACUUCGGAUGAUUGAAGAGUUUUGUGAUGUGACUCCUGAUGAAGAUAAUGUUGAAAUGAAUAAAAUCAAUACAGAUGAUAUAAAGCACAGAAUGCAUAUUAAGGAAUGGGAGACGAGAAGUGUAUUUUCUGACAGGUAUUUUUAUGAAUGUGUUGGUAGAGGCGCAUAUGUAACAGGAAGUAGAGACGAUAACUGGAUGUAUGAGUCAGAUCAAAUAGACGCUAUGCUUAUGAGAAAGGAAUGUAUGAUGUUAUACAGGUACAGAUAUGUACUUAAGAUGAUGUCUGACGAGGUUUGUAGCAGUGGAUUUACUGGAGUGGUGAUGAUUGAUACAUCAAGCAUGACUCUUCACAUACCGACUAAAGAUAUUAAUAUUGGGCUCUCUAGCGGAGAGAUUCAAAGUGGUGUGAAUGGAUCGUUUUCUAUAUGCCUGAGUGGAUUGAAUGGAUCUGGGAUGCAAGUACAGAAUGUAAGGCUCGAGUCGAUGUACCGUAGAGAUAAUUUUGAUGUAAGGUUUGAGUACCAUAGAAUUCUGACUGUAGGAGGGAGAGAAGAUAUGAUGGAGUGGUACAUCGAGAAUAAGAAUGUAUCAUUAGAUGAGAUGUUUGAUGAGAUUGCAUGUGUAUCUGGGCGCAUUGAUCUUGAUAAGAAUUGUUUGAUAUUUGUGGAGUCCAAGGCAAGUUUACUCUUUGGUGAAACUGAUGUAUCUCUGGGUGUGAUAGGGCGUUCUGUGUUAUUUUAUUUAAGGAAGUUUGGAGGAGAAGCGCUUUCAGUGAUAGUGAAUAAGAUGAUAGAAUACAUAGAGGAAGUGAUUGGGACGCUGGGUGUGUGUCAAAGGCAUGCGGAAGGACUGCUGUUUUUGCAUGAUACAUGCAUCUUUGUGAACCGAGCUAUAGCGAUGGAAUCUAGGUUUGGAAGGCGAAUGUCGAGUGUGAUACGGCUUGAUGGAUUGUGUGACAACGUGAGCAGGGAUGAACUAUGUAGAUGGGUGGUUGAUAACAGUCAAAAAGGCUUCUAUGUUGCUUCUGCAUAUAUGAAGGACUCUGGAGCAUGCAAGUUUAUUCGAGUGUUCGAUGAUGGAUGGAGCAUGAAAUGUAAAUCAGUAGAAAUAGAAAGCAGACUUAUUAUGCAUAAUUCGAUUGGAAAGUACCUAACUGAUUACCUAUUAAAAGCAGAAACAACUCAUGGGCAUAGACGAUCGUUGAUGUUUAACAAACUGUCAUCAAUAUAUGCAGGACUCAGGCGAAUAUACACAAGGGGAUUGAUUGGAUGUGUGAGUGAUGAGAAGGUUGGUAAAAUGAUUUCAUGCAUUAUUGGAAAUGAAAAGCCAAGAAGCAAUGAAGUUGUCCCAUUAUGUACGAUUCUGCAUGACAUAUGCAAGAUGAUUCCUGUGAGGAUAUCUGUUCUUGACAAGGCGUUAGUUGAGUGUGCAGUACAUGUGGCAACAGUGUUUGGAAAGAACCUGAGAAGAUACAUGAGGAAUGGAAAGGGAGAUAUUGAAGGGAUAUUUGAGAGGAUGAGCAGAUUAUAUGUAAGAUUUGAUGGAUUGGAGUCUGCAAUACAUAAGGAUGUGUUUAGUAGUGAAGUGCAUUGUGUGAUUGAGGAUGAAUGUCGGUAUCGUCUUGGAAAGAUAUCUUGCAAUGUAAAUAGUGGACUUAAACAACUUGUUUUAUGCAGAAAUGUUUAUGAAAGACAUUUGAGUUUUCUUGAGAUUGCAGGAUUGGAGGCGAAUUCUGUAUAUUGUGAGGAGGAGAGGAAGGUUCUGAUGAGAUUUUAUGAUAUGAUGAGAAUAAGAAAAGCAUUUAAAGAUGGAGAUACACUCAGGAGAGAGAUAUGUAGAAUGCUUGGUAAGGUAGUAGGCGUUGAAGAGAAUGUGCGUAACAGAUACCGACUGUAUUUGUAUGAAUGCAUUGUGGAUAAUGCCAAGGAUAUACCGAAAGAAGACUAUCAGAAGGUAAUGAUGAUGGUGAAUGAGUGUUUUCUGUGA